AUGCAAGCAAAAGGUGUAGAGGAGCAUUUGAUCGGUGAAUCGCACGCAAGUGAUGAAGACUUGAGGCUUCCCCGCGAUAUAUUUCGCAGUAGGUUACAAUAUGAAAUGGUUCGGCACUGGGUUGUUCUCAUUUCGCUAGGCUUAGAGUUAGCAGUCAUUGUCUUUUUCAUUCACUUGGGAUUACAAGCUGAUAGACGAGGUGACAAGAUUGGAUUGUCCUUUUUCGCUGUAUUUCUCGGGUCGAUAGUUAUGGUGUCAACAGGUUUCAUCACAUAUUAUGUUGUGCGCGGGAAGGGUACGAGUUUGACCAACAAAUUGGCGUUCAUGAAAGAGAUAGCGAUGGUAAAACCAGGGACUGAAAUGAGGGAGUGGGAUAUUAUUGCAGCUAAAAUGAACCCCGUCUUUUAUUGUAGCAGCUCAUUGGUGACACCUUAUUUCUUUUACGAUGGUGAGUCCUGCUAUUCCUAUUUUGCCAGCGACUAUCUACAGCCAUUCUUGGAUAAAAAAAGCUUUCAAGGCACCAAUAACACCGCCAAUGACACCACCAAUAACACCGCCAAUCUGACACUUGUUCCCUCAGUUGAUGUCACACAGCCUUUCAUUGAACUUGCGGUAAAGGCAUACGAGGAAAAAGCGAAGGAGGACUGGCAACGAAUAGUUAACGGCUGUUCGUCUCUGGAAAACUAA